AUGUUGCGGUGCAGGGGUGUCAUUGCAGGCAUCGAUAAACGAUGGGCCUCAAGCGCUCCUGUAGUCAAGCGCAUCAACAAGGUCCUGAUCGCGAACAGAGGAGAAAUCGCAAUUCGAGUCAUGAACACAGCCAGAAAAAUGGGUAUAGAGUCAGUUGCCGUGUUUUCCGAUGCCGACAGAAAUUCUCUAUUCGUCAAAAAAGCCGAUCAUGUAAGUUUUAAAAUAAGUUGUCGCGUACUUGCAUGCAAGCAAUAAGGUACAAAUGAGGUACUCAAAGAUAUCUGCGAUACAUACUUAUCUCUGAAUAUUUCCAAGCUGCAAAUAUUUUUAGUUGAAUUUAUAGGCUUAUCACAUUGGUCCUCCUGCAGCAUCGGAAAGCUAUCUCAACGUGAACAGAAUUAUUGAAACAGCUUUGAAAGCAGGAGCACAGGUUCCAAGAGAUCGUAUCUUCCUUCUGUAGAACUUUAGUCUUCAGGGAAUUCACCCUGGCUACGGUUUCUUGUCGGAAAACGCUGCUUUCGCAGAGAAAUGCGCCGAGGCGGGCAUAGUUUUCAUUGGACCUCCGGUACAGGCCAUCCGUGACAUGGGAACCAAGAGUUUAGCCAAGCAGAUCAUGCAGGACGCCAAGGUUCCGAGUAGUUCUCUAUUUUCAAUGACAUUUUCUUGAUUUAGGUUCCGGUCGUUGAAGGAUUUCACGGGGAAGACCAGUCUGACGCGAAUCUCAAGAGUCACUCGGCUAAGAUUGGUUCGUGCUUUGAAGUUCUUCUCUCAUAGUUGUUGUAUCGUACUAUUCUGGAAAUUCAUUAUUUUUUGAAAAUAUUCGGAAAAGUCAGAUUUUAUCAUCGAGUUAUUUGCUCAGAAAUUUCAGCCAAAAUUAGGUAUUUUCGGAGGGUCAGCGUGUGUUUCAAAUUUUCAAAACAAGUCUUCUUCGAUGUUUUUGAAAAUAUACUGGAAUGUGAAACUCUUCAAAAUAAGUUUUAGUCAAAUAGGAAUUUUCUGAGUUUUCAGUUGAGUUACAGUUUUUAAACCGUUAUUGGCUCGUCGAACAUUAUCAUUCUCAAUGCUUGAUUUCAUUAUAGAAAGUCAUAUGUUAUAAAUUUCAUGUCUCACCUUGUUGUGUUAAAUAAUUUUUGCUCUUAUUUGUGUAUUUUCCUCUCUUUUUCAGGCUACCCCGUGAUGUUGAAAGCGGUUUAUGGCGGAGGCGGGAAAGGAAUGAGAAUUGCCUGGAACGAAGAAGAGUUCGAUGAGAAGCUCGGAUCUGCAAGAAGCGAGGCCAUGAAAUCGUUUGGAAACGACGAAAUGCUUGUUGAGAAGUUCGUUGAGCGGCCGCGACACGUCGAAGUCCAAGUAUGGCGUUGAAAUUAUUUCAGAAAGUGAAGAGAAAUUUAUUUUUGUUUUGGCAACUGAUCUUGGUCGUCUUUAUUUUCUGAUCAUUUCAUUUUUGAAAUGUCAAUAGACAUUUCUAGGUAUUUGGCGACCAUCACGGAAACUAUGUGCAUCUGUGGGAGCGCGAUUGCUCCGUUCAGCGACGUCAUCAGAAAAUCAUCGAAGAGGCCCCUGCGCCCCUCAUUUGUUCGUUUUUCUCAUCAAUUUUCAAAGUUAUAUAUUUUUGUGAAUGGAAAUCCAAAAAAAAGUGUUUGAUCAUUUCGAUCGAAAACUUUUUAGUGUGAAAUAUAUAGACCUUUCAAAUUUUGAGAUAACUUUCGAGUUGUAUAUGUUUGUAAUAGCAUGCGUUUUACACUGUAACGAUUCAAAAAAAAGAAAAAUGAAUCGUGGUUUUGUGCCUCCAGAGACUUUUAAGCCCUUUUUUCCUCAUUUUUCUAUUCAGCACACGAAACUAGACUUCGACUCGGAGAAUCGGCGGUCCGCGCGGCGGCUGCCGUGAACUACGUCGGCGCGGGAACUGUCGAGUUCAUCCUGGACCCUCGUGGCGACUUCUACUUCAUGGAGAUGAACACGAGGCUUCAGGUCGAGCAUCCCGUCUCCGAAGCCAUCACUGGUGCGAGGGUCGAUCUCUCUUCCGACUGAGAUUGGGGUUUUGAAGGCACCGACCUCGUGGAAUGGCAACUGAGAGUGGCGCAAGGCGAGAAGUUGCCCCUGAACCAGGAGCAAAUUCCUCUCAACGGCCACGCUUUCGAGUGCCGUGUCUACGCCGAGGACACUAAAAACGGCGCUUUCAUGCCUACUGCUGGCAAGUUUUUUUUUUGAAUUUGUUCAAGGGGUUUUUUUGAAAUUUUCUUUUUGAAACGAAGAGAAUUCUUAUAAUUUUUCAAUUCUCUCAAUUUCAAGGAGUUUUCAAGUGAAUAAGGCAGUAUCAAUCUUCUUCUUACGCCUUUGUACCGCUUGAGCGGUGUCGGCGCCCCAAGUCGAUUAGCCGAGGUCCUAUCCUAAUCAGUGAUAAUCAGUGGACUGGCUCCAGUGACAUAUCCGUCCUUGUGUGUGACGGCUGGGGAUUUUGAAGUCGUGGUCUCCCACUACCAACAUUUCUUAAACUCCUUGGUUGGGUCGGGGCGGGGGUCGAACUUGUGACCCUGUGGACCGUAGACAGGCACACAACCUGUUGCGCUACGGCGCGCCCCUUAAGGCAGUAUCAAUGAUAUUCAAUUAAGUGGAUAGAAGACAGGAAAAAAAAAUAUAUAUAUAUAUAUAAUCAUUCAAACUUAUAAAUCUCAUAACUUUCUUUUUCUCUUCAAUUUCUCCGAUUUCAGGAAAACUAGACUAUGUUGAUUUCCCAACUUUUGCUCGAAUCGAUACUGGCGUCGUCUCUGGAGAUGAAGUUUCUGUCCAUUAUGAUCCCAUGAUCGCCAAGGUACAGAAGCCUCGAAGGAUUCCUCGAAAACGCUGUGUUGAAGGUCGUCGUCUGGGGCCACGAUCGUGAAUCGGCGGCGAAGAAAGUUGGACGAAGCCCUGGCUCAGACGAGAAUCAGCGGCCUUCCGACCAACAUCAGCUUCGUCAGAACGGUGCUCGCCCAUCCGGAGUUCAUCAAGGUUCGUCCGAAGACUAGAUCAACGGAAGGGCAAUUCUGGAAGAAGAUUCGGGUUUCAGGGCAACGUCUACACGGACUUCAUUCCCGACCAUCAGAAAGAGCUGUUCGAGCAGAUUGAGAAGCAGCCCGAGGUGUUGAUAGAAGGCGCCGUGGCUCGUGCCCUUCUGAGCCUUCCUAAAGCGGCAGACGGUCCCUUCCAAUCUCUCUCUUUCUUCAGAUCCAAUUUGCAGUACAGCCACAAGUAUAAAGUUGGUGAGAAAGUUUUUUUGUUUUUUUCAAAAAAAUUUAACAAUGGUUUCCAUUAUAAGUAUGCUUUUAAAGUCUUUUUUUCUCUAAAAAAAAUUUUAUUUGAUAGUACUUCAUCUACUUGUUGUCCUUCUAGUUAAGUAUUCUAUCCAACAGGCUUUCAAAAAAGCAUCUUCAUCCAGAAUCUCUGAAUUUGUUGGAUGGUCAUUAUUGCAGACGAUGUCGAUGUGACGGUCAAGUUUAUCGAUCCGCGGCACUUCCUCGUCACCUACGGUGGAAAUUCUUUCGAAGUGAAAGCGGCCGACGUCAGACAUUCCGGAAACGAAGUUUCGUUCACUUUGGAGACGAACGGACGCCGUUGGAAGGCCGUCGGAACACAACUCGCCUCCUCAGCAAUCGUUCGUUCUUCCUUCGAAUCAUUCAUACUACGAACAAAAAAAAAAACAAAAAACUUCAGUUUUAGAUAAAGCUUCGAUGAUGUAUUUUUUAUCGUUAUUGCGGAUUCACAAGGUUUUUAACAAAAAAAUCUUUCCACUGAACUUUUGAAUGUAAAUUUCUUAGGAUAACUUUUAAAAUGCUAACAGAACAUAAAGAAUCGGAAAAUCAAUAUUUUGAGGUGAAUGGUAUCGGUCAGAACGAGUACGACACUCUUGCGGACAUUUACGGAGAAGGAUCUAGUCCCACUUCGGCUGCAGGGCCCGCCGUCUCUGCACACGCUCCCAUGCCCGGAAUCAUCGAGAAAAGUUCUUGUCAGAAGUGGCGACGAGGUUCUCUUUCUGACUUGAAAGUUUCUGAUUCUUCAGAUUGGAAAGACUUCAAAACUCCAUAUGUCGUUUAAGGUGAGAGGAGGUCAGCCGCUGGUCGUGAUGACCGCCAUGAAGAUGGAGUACAUCAUUCGCGCGCCGAUCGACUGCGUCAUCACCGCCGUCAACUGCAAACCGGGCAAGAACGUCCCCAAAAACGCACAACUCGUCAAGUUCGAAGCCGUCGACGAGAAACUCAAAGUAACCAACACCUAG